AUGGGCCGCUACGACUUCCGCCCAAUGCGCGUCCGCCAGACGGCAAAGGCCCUCUUCGACACCAAACGCAACGCCGACCUGCCCCAAUGGUACAACAUCGUCGGCGACAUUCCCCCUAGCGAGACCCUUGCACGACCGCUCCAACGGGCACCUACACCGAAGAAAGCGCGGAAGCCCAGCAGAAUGUUCCAGCCGCUGCCCAUCGUGUACCCAGAAGAUAAGCUCCGUUCAGACUUCUUCGGCGACCACCCCUGGGAAUUGGCCCGUCCGAGGAUAAUAGUGGAGGAUAGUGGAAAUGAUGCAAAGGGCUAUGACUGGAGUAUGAUUGUGCAGCCGGGGAAGCAGCUGGAUGGAGAGAGCGUCAUCCAGCGCCAAAUGUGGCUCAUGAAGCACCGCGCCAUGUCCAAGCCCAUGGCCUACGACGUCGCCCGCCGCGAGUUCUACUUCCACCGCCACCGCGAGGACAUCCGGCGGCGCGUUGCCAAAGAAGAAGCCCUGCACGUCGGCGCCUACUUCAGCAAGGGCCCGCUAGAGAUUGGUAUGGAGCUUGAAGACAAGACCUGGGAGAACUGGAAGAGGUGGGCACGUGAGCAAAUUGACGAUGAAGAGGCCGCACGCGCACAGCUGUUCUCGGGUGCUCAGUCAGCCGAGGCCGAAACCAUGGAUGCUGAUGAAUUCGAUGCUGCGCUAGAGGAGGUACAGUCCUCGGUGCCGCAGAGCAGGACGGGACAGCCCGCUCUAGGUGGGGUUGCGGCGCAUCCGUGA